CACACAGGAACAUCUGGAGAUGUUCUGCUAAAUGAAGUGUGGUUGGUCCAGGCUACUGAGCAUGUAGCUUGGAGCUCCAGUUAAUGACUUCUGGGCCUUCCAUUUUAGUAGUUCUUUCAGUCUGAAUGCAGGAGAUCCUUGACACUCUGAAGUCCUGUGGAUUGGUCCCUCAUCAGCCCUCGCAUUUCCUCCAUCAAACACAAGAUUUAAUCUAGUAAAACAUGGUCAGCUAGAACUCACUCACACCUCCAUUAGUUCUUCUAACCUUUGUAUCAUUAUCUCUGCAUGUCACCCCCCCCGGGUCUACCAAAGGCACCUUCAGCAGACGGCAAGAUGGCGACCAGAGCAGGAAAGAAGGGCAAGAAGGAAGAGGAGGAGGAGCAGCCUGCAGCAGUGAAGGAGGAAGAGGAAGAGGAGGAGGAGGAGUUUGUGGUGGAGAAGGUUUUGGACCGCAGAGUGGUGAAGGGAAGAGUAGAGUUUCUGCUGAAAUGGAAGGGGUUCUCAGAUGAGGAGAACACAUGGGAGCCACAAGACCACCUGGACCUGGACCUGAUCACCGAGUACCUGCAGACACACAAGGAGACGGAGGAGAAGAAGAAGAAGAAGAAGAAGAAGGAGGGCAAGAGGAAAGGUGUCAGGAAGGAGGAGAAACAGAGAGGAGGAGAGGGACCCAAACAUCACCGCUGUCAACACUGUGACAAAUCCUUAACAUCAUCAAAACAUUUAAAGAUUCAUCAGAGAGUUCACACUGGAGAGAAGCCGUACAGCUGUGAUCAAUGUGGGGAAACGUUUUCUCUUAAUGGUAACCUUAAAAGACACCAGCGCAUUCACACUGGAGAGAAACCUUACAGCUGUGAUCAAUGUGGGGCAGCUUUCACACAUCAGAGUUACCUAAAAAUACAUAAACGCAUUCACACUGGAGAGAAGCCUUACAGUUGUGAACAAUGUGGGGCAGCUUUCACACAUAAGGGUUACAUAAAAAUACAUAAACGCAUUCACACUGGAGAGAAGCCUUACAGUUGUGAACAAUGUGGGGCAGCUUUCACAAAUCAGAGUCACCUUAAAAGACACCAGCGCAGUCACGCUGGAGAGAAACUUUACUCGUGUGAACAAUGUGGAAAAACGUUUUCUCAGAAUAAUAACCUUAAAUCUCACCAGCUCAUUCACACCGGAGAGAAGCCGUACAGCUGUGAUACAUGUGGAAAAACGUUUUCUCAUAGUAGGUACCUUAAAUAUCACCAGCGCAUUCACACUGGAGAGAAGCCGUACAACUGUGAACAAUGUGAAAAAACGUUUGCUCAUAGUACUCAACUUAACUCUCACCAGCGCAUUCACACUGGAGAGAAGCCCUACCGGUGUGAACAAUGUGAAAAAACGUUUGCUCAGAGUAGUCAGCUUACAUCUCACCAGCGCAUUCACACUGGAGAGAAGCCGUACAGCUGUGAACAAUGUGGAAAAACGUUUUCUUUGAGUGGUUGCCUUAAAUCUCACCAGCGCAUUCACACUGGAGAGAAACCUUACAGAUGUGAACAAUGUGGGGAAACUUUUUCUUUGAGUGGUAACCUUAAAAAACACCAGCGCAUUCACACUGGAGAGAAACCGUACAGCUGUGAACAAUGCGGAAAAACGUUUUCUGAUAGUAGUAGCCUAAAAACACACCAGCCCAUUCACACUGGAGAGAAGCCGUACAGCUGUGAUCAAUGUGGAAAAUCGUUUUCUCAUAGAAGUAGCCUUAAAUUUCACCGACGUGUUCACACUGGAGAGAAGCCGUACUGCUGUGAUCAAUGUGGGGCAGCUUUCACACAACAGAGUUCACUAAAAAUACAUCAACGCAUUCACACUGGAGAGAAACCUUACAGCUGUGAUCAAUGUGGGGCAGCUUUCACACAACAGAGUUCAUUAAUAAAACAUCAACGCAUUCACACUAAAGAGAAGCCGUACAGCUGUGAUCAAUGUGGGGCAGCUUUCAUAUUACAGAGUUACCUAAAAACACAUCAACGCAUUCACACUGGAGAGAAGCCGUACAGCUGUGAUCAGUGUGGGAAAACUUUUUUUAGUGGCAGUCACCUUAAAUCUCACCAGCGCAUUCACACUGGAGACAAGCCGUACAGCUGUGAACAAUGUGGAAAACCCUUUUCUCAUUGUAGUGGCCUUAAAAGACACCAGCGCAUUCACACUGGAGAGAAGCCGUACACAUGUGAACAAUGUGGAGAAACGUUUUAUCGCAGUAGUCACCUUAAAAUACACCAGCGCAUUCACACUGGAGAGAAACCGUACAGCUGUGAAGAAUGUGGGGUAACAUUUUCUUAUAGUGGUAGCCUUAAAUCUCACCAGCGCAUUCACACUGGAGAGAAACCGUACUGGUGUGAACAAUGUGGAAAAAUGUUUUCUCAGAGUAGUAACCUGAAAAAACACCAGCGCAUUCACACUGGAGAGAAACCGUACAGCUGUGAACAAUGUGGAAGAACCUUUUCUAUGAGUGGUCACCUUAAAAGACACCAGCGCGUUCACUCUGCCUCGUUGUGAACAUGUUUCAGAGCCAAGCUGUUUCCUCCUCCUCAUGCCCUGAUAGCUGUGUUGUUAUAUUCUGAUCUUCUCUCCACAUUGAAGGCUGACCA